GAGAAGAAGGAGAUCAUGGCAAGGAAAUGAGCUGGUCUACUUACCUGCGAACGCAGCUGCCCCCCACGCGUGCUCGGGCAUCCCCGCUGUCCCUCGAUCCCCUCAUCCCCACCAUCAACCCCACACACCAUGGAACCCUUCCCCACCCCCAUUGAAUCCCACCCAAAACCCAGACCACACGAUGAUGGCAGCAGCAACAGCGGCGGCAGCAUCACCCAGACCAAAUGAUGGUGGCCUUUUCCUGCUCCCCGACGCCACCACCCCAUGAUGAGGGCCAAUCCGCCGUCACGCUCCAUCCGACGGCCGCUUUCCAAUCCCUCCCCGACCUGUGUGCUUCUCCCCAACGAUCCGACGGUAGUCAUGGAAGCGAUGGGGUGAGAAAAGGCGACGACUUUUCGUGCGUUGGAUGGAGGAGCAUCACGCGCAAUGAAGGGGGAAGAAGCGGGCGGGGGCGGCCGCGUGCGCGCACACACGUAUCCAUCCCGUUUGCCUGCCUCCUUCCCAUCUCCCUCCCCACGCCGCAUUAAUUGCCCUGCAUCGGUUUUAAUGGAAGUGCCGGAAAUAUAUCUCGGCUUCCGAGGUUCCCAUCAUUAGCUGCAUCCGAAGAAGGAAGACCGAGAUACAUAUAUAGAUCGCUGAAUUUGAUAUGCAGGGUCACAGGAAGCAACAUGCCGUGGGUGUCGCCGGCUGCGAAUUGCCACGGGAAGUGCGGUCGCUUGGUCGUCUUCUUUCGCGUCAUCCUGUGAGUGGAGUCAGGCUGUUUGAGAUUGGUGAGAGAGGAGAUCUCUGAUUGCUGAGAAUGCACAUUGAGAUCGAUCUGAAGAGGCAUCGAACAGUGGAGAAGGUUGGAGAGACCAUAAUGCAUGUCAGGAUCAUUGCUUAUUGCCAAUUGUUGCAAGUUUGUCAGGCUGAGUACUUCCGUCAGCUGCUUAAGCCCGUAACGUAGGUGGAGACUGCUGCUUUCUUCUUCUUCUUCUUCUUCGUCUGUCAAAUUCCUAACUCAUCAGUGAACACCACCACCACCCACGAUCGACGACGACGGCAGUGGAGUAUGAAGAGGAACACGAGAUACUUUGGUGGAAAGAAGGCUCCUUCGGAGGAUGCAUAUGACUCCACUGCAGGUGCGCCUGUUGCAGGGCACGAGCCCCAUGGAUUCCCUGGGCCGCUCAACAACAUCCAGUUCCAGCCGUCGGAGACGUGCCCCAAGAACAUGGUCAUCUUCGACCAGACACAUCAGCAGAGCCGGGUCAUGUUCCACCCUUGGCUGGCCCACAAGCUCGGCUCGCCCAGCUUCGAUGCCUACGGAGCUAACGCCCACGAGGCCGGCAAGAGCGGGUACGGCAACGACGAGGAGGAGGCGGAGGACAUCGACGCAUUGCUGAGUUCCGAAGAAGGUGAGGAAGAUGAGGUGGUCAGCACGGGGAGGUCGCCGUCCAAAAAGGAGAAGAUGAAGAAGAUGGUAAAGACGCUGAAGGGAAUCGUGCCCGGCGGCGACGGCAUGGACACACCUGCUGUGCUUGACGAAGCCGUGAAGUACCUGAAAUCUCUCAAGGUCGAGGUGAAGAAGAUGGGGAUGAAGCACAACUGAAGGCGGUCAAGCUUGAGGAAACCUCGAGAAGCUGUGCUGUGCUGUGCUGUGCUGUGCUGUGCAUGCCAUCAGGACAAGUGGAGAUGGGUUGCUGUAGUUGUGCUGUGACUGAAAUGUGAUGGUCUUCUUCGUUGAGUACAGUGCUUGUAUUGUGUUUUGUUGUUCUGCCAUGGCAUUGAUGCAGGGGGAAUUUUGCCCCACUCUGUUUUGAUAUUGUGGCUUUGUACUACAAGAUUGUGGUUUUAGUACUCUGUCUUCUCUC